AACAAGUUCUUCACAUCUUAACAAGAAACACAAAAAAACCACAGUAUAAGAAUCUCUACCAUGGCUACAAGAAAAUCCGGUGCCAGACCAGCUUCUCGCCCUUGCGUGAGGCAUCCGGGCCAUACCCAUCCGUUGCGUCUGUUCAAAGCCAAAGACGAACACGAGGUCGUCUGCUCGGGUUGCGAGCUCGAGCUGGUCGGGCCAGCUUUCAAAUGCACCAAGUCGGAAUGCGAUUACUUCCUGCACAAGUCAUGUUUCGAGCUUCCGCGUCAGACCUAUCACAAAUCUCACCCUGACCACCCUCUGACACUGGUCCAUUCUCCACCCUAUUCACAGUCCAUCUACACGUGCGAUGCGUGCGGAGAGUACGGAACUGGGUUCACUUACAGCUGCUCCGAGUGUCAGUUCGAUGUUCAUGUCGGCUGUGUCUCGUUGCCUGAAACCAUGGAGCGUGAUGACCAUGAACACCCUCUCACUCUCCUCUACUGUUCGCCUUACAAGGACAACGUAGGAGACUUUGUUUGCGACGUCUGUAGAGAAACCGUGCCGGAGAAUUUCUGGGUGUAUUACUGUAAGGAAUGCGACUAUGGCACGCACGUACACUCGUGUAUGGCUUAUGAAGAGACAAAAGAAGAAGAAGAAGAAGGAGAAGAGGAAGAAGAAGAAGGUGGUGAUAACGGCGGGAUCAAAGAAAAGACCGAUUCAACAGUUGCUGCCAUGUCGUCGAUGUUGGAUGCUCAGAGACAGAUGCAAAUGAUGCAGUUACAGACACAGAUGGCGUUUCAGAGGGCACAAAUGAUCAGAGACAUGGGGAGGAGCAUGGUCAAUUUGGUCUGAUCUCACUUUUCCUUCUUCCAAACAGUUUGGCAUCUCGUUUUCAAUAAAACUCAACAUGUUGAGUUUCUCUUUGAUGAUCUUUGGUUUUCUUGUGAUUCUUGUUUUCAUGUGUUUUUGUUGUAAGUUUUUAACUUUUCAUUGUGAGUGGAUGAAUCUGAAUCUCUUACAAAAAAAAAAAAAUAUAUCAAAUGAAUAAACCGUUUUUAUAUUUUUUUU